UGAUCUCUAAGAGUUAUUAUCUUCUCUCUAGAACAGCAAAAAGAUCGGGUAGACAAGUACUUGGACGAUGGAGGCUCGAAACACGCUUCGGCAAAGCUCGAGGGAUGUGUUAUUCCCAAACACACUCGACACAGGACACUUGAUUCCAAAAACAGUCAUGCGGAACGGCACGACAUGGAAUUGUCAGGUAAACCGCACUUUGUCCUGGACCUAUUGGCCGAUCGACCAGGCACACACAGAGGGAGACGGGGGAGAAUGUCACUCUCCUGCAGAGAGCACGUUACCGUUACCGCGAGGGACAUUGACGACUAACAAGGCUGAGAAGGGGACAUCAACAUUCAUGUUGCGAUUCUAUAGCCAAGGGUGGCCCAUCACAGCAGCAGCGACAGUCACAUAGACAAAUCAAAAAUGCAUUACAUUCGUUCCCAGCAGUAAUGAAGGCCAAAAUGACAUUUCCUAAGCGGAAUCUCGUCAGCGGGCAGGCUAGCGGUCAAGUACCUAAAGUUAGGGACACUGGCCGCCAGCCGUUGAUCACACCCGGCCGUUGUCCCCGCCCCGCCCGCACAUUUCUUGGCCCCCAUUUUCUCCCACGGGCACCACUCAGCACUCACCACCACCACAGACCACAGCGAACUGGAACCCACACGCUGAAGAGACAACGCCCCAACCCCGGGCUGGCUCAUCCUUUUCGCACGCCAACCAACCAUCUCCGAGAGCGGUCCUUGCCACGACCUUUCGUUUCAAACCACAUCUCAACACCGCACCCGCUACCCGCUACGUGCGCGAGAUCGAGUAGCACUCUCGUCAACGUUAUCCUCGCACUUUUUGCGACAUCGCGAGCCGGCGCAACACCUCGCACACACCCGACCGCACACCGACACAUCACCACCACUCAGCCACACGCUGUCCGCGAGAAAGGGAGCCGACGAGCCAAGGCCACCCCAGCCACGGGAGAGAGCAGCACCACGCAGGAACUGGGAUCGGCCACGCCCGACGAGACGACCGGAGCAUAGACACAGUGUUGCAACGCUCUUGACUACGACGACGACGACGACGACGAAGACGACAUUGAUAGACUGCGACGUCGAGCUCGCAGCAUCACGGAUUGGGCACUUUGCACUAGCAACCGGUAGAGAGACGCCGCGGCCAGCACCUGCCAUUCCGGCGACAAGCGAUACAAAGUGGCGGCGAGGAAGCAAGCGCUGCGGGACAAGGCAAACAAGGCGGGAGCCGACAAGCUAGCCUCGACAAUACCCGGUGCGACUCGAGAUCCUCGAAAAAAGUAGACUUCAGCUCUGGCUAGGUUGCAACAUUCCGCGAGCCGACCGACCUGACAUUCAUCCGCCCUACACAGCGAGCACCUAGCUGCGUCGCUGUUGUAUCCCGAAUUCAAUUCCUUCCCCUGACCGACCGAUCGAGAUCUGUAGAGGCCCAACGUCGACGCCGACUCCGGUUACUGCCUCUAUAGGCAAAUCCACACGGCGGUCUGCGGAUGGAGAGCUGGUUAUGGCCCAUGCUCCCCUACUCCGCAUGAACACCGGCCCUGCCGCAACAAUGGAUGUUGUCGAUAGAUUAACCAGCAUGACUGUACCUGGCGCGCCACCACGCGUGAGCCAGCUUUCUGGCUCGUCCACUUUUCCAGUUACCAAUUCCUCGACGUCUCUCAACUCUCUGAACAACGCCACAACCUUCGCCGCAUCAUCCACUGGUAAUGUCGUGGCCACCAAUAACAUCAUCAACCAAAAGGCCGAUGCGUCGCGCUCUCUAUACCAGAUAUGCGUUUCUUUAAAGCAGCGGCUGGCCAAGGUUCCCGGCUUUGAGGGGUAUCUAGAGCAACUCAAUGAAAUGGCCGCCGAAUCCAUGGAGGGACCAGUGGAAUCUCUCUGGGAGCUGCUGCGAUCAGGGUUUCCACUGCUAGCUAUCUACAAUGCUCUCCAACCCGAAGUGCCACUCCAGGUCGAUGAACCCCCUGGAGCCAACAAGUCCAAGCUGGCAAAGAUUGCGAUCCUGAGAUUUGUCGAGGCUUGCAAAUCCAAGCUCAAUGUUCCCGCAGCUGAUUCUUUCAUCAUUACGGAUUUGACAGGACAGGACACGACGGGUUUCGUCAAGGUUACCUCUGUAAUCAAUUAUGUUCUUGAUCUUCUCGAGGUCAAGGGUCUUAUGCUCGAAGUUCAGCCUUAUCCCGAAGACGAUAUGAUGCAACCAGGCUCUCAAAUGAGCCACCGAGACUACGUUGUGCGCGAGAUGGUAGACACGGAACGGAAGUACGUCCAGGAUCUCGAGAACCUACAGGAUUUGAAGAAGACACUAGAAGAGAGGGGCAUAAUUCCAGGAGAUGUUGUGCACAACAUUUUCCUUAACAUCAAUGCCAUCUUGGACUGCCAACGCAAAUUCUUAAUUAGGGUAGAAACGACAAACUCAAUGCCGGCUGCCAGGCAAGAAUGGGGAAGCCCAUUUGUAGCCUACGAGGAGGUAUUCAACAACUGCUACCAGCCCUUCAUUGCAAACCAGAAAAAGGCUGGCAAACUAGCAAGUCAGGUGUUUGACAAGAUCCAGACGGCAGCACACGCUGUAGCCUGCGACUUGAACACGCUUGACGGGUUCUUGUUGAAGCCGAUGCAAAGACUGGUCAAAUAUCCACUUCUUCUGAACGAACUGCUCAAGAAGUGUGACGAUGAAACAGUCAGAGCAGACCUUUCGGCAGGUAUUGAAGCAGCCAGUCGCGUGCUACAAAAGGCCAACGAAGCAGUCGAUCGCGCAGAGCUCGACGAAGCACUGGAAGAAUUGAUGGGCAGGGUUGACGACUGGAAAAACCACCAAGUCAGCCAAUUUGGGAAACUCAUAUUGCACGGUGUUUACACCGUUAUCCCGGGCAAGAGUGAUCAAGAGAAGGACUAUGAGAUCUAUCUCUUUGAGAACAUCUUGCUUUGCUGCAAAGAGUUGCUCCCAGGCAAGAAUAAGGAUAAGAAGGACAAGACCAAGUCGACUGGACCGAAGGUUCGCAACAAAAACAAUAAGCUCCAGCUUAAGGGUCGGAUUUUUAUGACGAAUGUGACCGAUGUGGUAGCACUGUCGAAGACUGGUUCAUAUACUGUCCAAAUUUGGUGGAAGGGUGAUCCCGGCGUGGAGAACUUUAUCAUCAAGUUCCAGAAUGAGGAAAUGAUGAAGAAGUGGGCGACCGGACUGGAACAGCAACGGAAGGAGAAGACAGGCCAGGUGCAACAAAGCCCGGAGAGACCGGCAACGAACUUCACGUGGAUGGCUUCCCAGAGUAGUGGACUGGAAAACCCAUACGCCGAGAAGGACGAUGAUGAUGAUGACGAUUCGUCCACUUUGAUCGCACCGUCGGGGACUGCCACGCCGGCUGCGUACAACCCGCCCAUGGCGUUACCUGGAACAAUGCCGCGCAAUGCUUCGAGCACCAGCUUGCGGACACGCUCAGCCACCAACGACAGCUCGCAAUCCCUGGCAGGCAUCGCUCGAGCACCGCCGUCGAGCUUCCCCCUUCUUCAGCCUCCCACCCCAUUGAACAUCCAGACCAACCAGGCCUCGCCACUUCGUGGUGCCGAGUCCUACUUUUCGCCAGUAGCCGAGUCUCCAGCGUCCAGCAGGACGAGUACCACAAGUGGUAUCUUUUCCCAGACAGGUUAUCCAUUUCCGAAAACGGGCACACCGCAACCUGGAUGGGCACCCGAGGAUAGCAAUCGCUAUACAGCCCCUGCCGCACCCCGAGCCCCAUCAAGAGAUGGGUCUACUCCAAACAAUGCGUAUGGCAUGGUUACCGCAAAUGGACGGAACCCCCGAGGUCCAUCCAUGCCAGUAAUGCCUCGCGAACGUGACUCGGCGCACGCGGCCCAGUUACAGCAGCAGCGCAGCCGUAGCUAUAGUACGCCUGACAUCAAUGGGCAAGCCGCCCGAACUGGCCAGUCCGUUCCAGCAGUCCCAGGAAUCCCUGCUCAUUUGAACCAGGGCCAUCCACCUCACCCCAUCCAUGUACGGCAUGACUCCAAUAUCCCAAGGAGCAACACGGGCAGCCCCGCAAACGAUCUGCCAUUGCGCACAAACACCAGCUCCCCAGGUGCACAACGUCAACGACAGUAUGGCGGCAUGGCGCAGUUCCCAACACAACCUGUUUAUCCCCGUCAAGGUACACCCGGCAGUGGUGCCAACAUCCCACCACCGGCCGGCCCUCCGCCUCCUGGACUGGCACCGUUGGCUCCCGUUGACCCUUCGAGGCCCGUUGCCCCUGGUCUGGUAACGGCGCCGAUCACCUCCAGCCAAUCCAUGGUUCCUCCCACGCCAGACACUGCCUUUUCCAGUCAACUCCGGGUAAGGGUCAACUACGAUACCGGCAACUACUUUACUCUUAUCGUUCAUUUUGACAAGCUCAACUACGUGAACCUGAUUGACCGCAUCGAUCACCGGCUCAGCAAAUUCACCAACAGCAGCAUCUCUAAGGGAGAGCUGAGGUUGCGAUAUCGGGAUGAAGAUGGCGACUUUGUGACCAUUGAAAGCGAUGAGGACAUCCAAAUUGCCAUUUCCGAGUGGCAAGAGGGCAUGCGCGGUUCUCAAGGCAUGGAUGAGAUUGAACUUUUCUGUGUCGGUGAGAUGUAAACCACCAGUCAAACUAUUCUCUUCUCCUUUGCCUGACACGCAGAAGGAUGGAGCAAUUCGCUCUUAACCACUAUCUCACGCAGCUUACCACACUAUACAUCUCGCCCUGGGACGACACCCAUACACAGUGCCUUCCUAGAGCUCUUUCCUUUGUCCUGUUCUCAAAGCACACACAUCGCAUUAUCUCAUACCCUCCUUUCUAUCAUCAGCCUUUUUUUGUUUUCUUCGUUUUAUUCCAAUCUUUGCGCGGGAUUUUCAUCAUCAAACUCAUAGAGGAGCGAUCGGUUGAAUGUUUUUUAUGUCUGGUUGCUUUUUUGAAUGGGGUUUGAGACGGAGAAGAGGAGAGGGACGUGGUUACAGCAAGAGGGGGAGGAGGAUGAACACUUCAGCGUCGACAGUAUACCACAUCACCAGCAAAGCCAGCACACCACAUCACAACACCACGACACUGCUGCUUGACGGCCGACAGGAUCAUCAUUCCACCGCAGCACCACAGCCAAAACCAUGGCACAGCUUACCUUGACAACACCAACGAAGAUGGACACCAUAACACCACAUUAUAGACACAAACCAUAUCCCAUACUGUGUCAUUCUUAUUCAGGAGGAGACCUUUGCUGAGGUGGAGCGUGUUCGAGGCUUUUUGGGAGGGGGCCUUGGUUUAGCUGAGGGGGUUUCUCCUUGUUUUUAUUUUCUUGGAGAUCCAAAACAGACGUUCAUUUUUUUUCUUUUCGUUUUCUUUAUCUUUAUUUGUGGGGUUAGGGAGGUAUGGUUGACGCGGUGGCUAUGGUUAUUUGUUGUGGUAGUUGAGAAGUUAUAAGUGAUGAUGAGGUAAUAUUAAGGGGGGAGGAACAGUGGAAGGUGUUGGGAGGGGUGUUGAUGAUGAUGAUGUUGUUGUCAUUGUUGAAUGUUGCUAGACUCUUUUCUUUUGGUCUUUUUUUUUAUAUCUUGCGUUCGUACUUUGUUCGUACCAUGAAUACCCAGUUAUUUUUUGUUGUUUUUUGCAGCGUUGGUUUGCUGUGGUGUGUUGUUGGGGGCUGAAGACGCUUCUUAUGUGAUCAUGGAUGAUGUGAGGAUGAUGAUGUAUGAGCGGAUGGGUGACACUCCUUUGCGGAAACGUCUUUGGUGGGGGGCGGGGGGGUAUUGACACUCAUUUUUACCUUGAUUCUGGGGGGAAAAUAUUUCUGUGGUGGUUUGUAGUGUUGUUCUUUUAGAGAUGGGUACCUAUUGGAAUUUUGGAAGACGUUGGUUUGAUCGAGGGGGUACCUACCUAGAUUUACAAUUUUGUCAGUCUUGAUAUAUACAGAUGAUAAAGGUUUUGAUUUGGGU